AGAAGCUAUAGAGGGGUCUGGGUCAAGGUUUUCCUUGUUUUGUUUUAUUCAAAGAUUGGAGACAAUGUAUCUGGUAAGUAGAAACUGAAAGUUUAAUGAUAGAGAAGAAAGAAAGGACAGUUAAUAGAGUAGGUUUUGAAGAAGUGGGAAGUUACAGUGGGGUGCAGGGACAGGUCAACACUAGAGCACAAGUAAUAUUGGCCUAAGUUAGGAUAAAGGAUGGCUUAUAGUUGUUAAGUCUGUAAAUCCAGAGCAGGACAUUGCAGUGGCUCUCACCUGAUGUCUCUUAGGCACUAUUCUCCCUCGGGUGUUGAAGAUAAAGAGUUGGAAGCUUGAGGAGAGUGAAGAGUGUAGUUGUUGAGAUAGGAUUAUCUGCUGGUGUUGGGAGUGUCUAUUGAAGUUUGGGACAUGAAUUUAUAGUGGUGCCAGUCUAUCCUGUUGGGUGACUUAAGUAGCCCUCAGCAAUCCAGGUCUGGGUGACGGAGUUUAUGACAAGAGAAUGAUUGAAAUGAGGGACUGAGGAACUUACGUGUGAUUCAGAAAGGAUAACAAAUGCUGGAAGGGGCUGCUAGAUGAGGGAAUGAGGAGCUAUCUACUAAGAAGUAGAGGAACAGAGAUAUCUACAGUAGUGGAACAGACAGACCUGACAGAUGUGGUAUUGUGGUCAGAGCCUGGGAUAUACAAUUUUUGGUAUUUCAGAGCUGGGCAGUUUUAGGCAGUGACAAAGUCUAGGUCAUAGCUAGAGCCAAAUGGAGUAACUAAAGUAUCACGACAGGAAGGUUAAGACAUGAGGUGAUAAAGAAACUGGGGAUGGGUGUUGAAGAGGUUACCCCAGUGCACUUUGAAGACACCAGAAUGACCUAAGAUGAUAGGAGAUGGGGUGGAAACCAUUGCUAAAGGCUUCAGUGAUGUGAAGGAGUGCCCAUGACUAGGAAGGGGAGAGGAUAAUCCUGACUGUUGGCCUAGGUCUCACAAGAGAAGCGAGUUUGCAGUGGGUAGAGGAGUAGUGAUCUGGAAGCUGCAGUGUGGGGCUCAAUAGGACAUAAGCAGAUGCUGCAUGGGAUGUAAGAAAGUGAGCAGCCUCCACCACAGGGCUUCAGGGAAGUUGUGGCCUUGGGAUGACUGGGUUUCAGUAAGGAAAGUUGUGGAAGGAAUGCUGAAUGAGGAGCAAGAGGAUGUAGGUGAGUUGGCUGAUUAUAAAGCAGGAGUCCCAGAGGUACAGGGAAGUGUUUGAAAGAAGAGUUGGAAUAUUGCUCAAGGGCAAAAAAGCAAUAUUAGCAACCAGAAUUCAAGUACAAAAAAGGUUAAUCCUCACUGGAGAGGAUUCCAGAACAUGGUUUUGUGGUCUAUAGGAUUGUAUUCACAGUACCAGUGUUUAAGAAGGAUACAGAAAUUUGGAAUUCAUUCACAGGAAGGGGACCAGGAAUACUUUGAUCUGUUUAUACAUGAACAAAUAUUUAUUGAGUGCCUAUAAUGUACAGAAUGCUACAUGACCCUGCUGAUAUGUAAGUGAUGUGAGUCAGAGCCACUGCCCUUGGAGACAUAUACACCAACAAUGACCUGCCAUAGAGCAGCAUCAUAGGGUCCAGUGGGGGGAUUGUGCUGGAUUUGAAGCGCCUGAAAGGAGGAAUGAUUACUUAGUUCAGCUAAUUGUUGCCAUGUGAGAAUACAUACCCAGGGUUGCCAGAUUUUCUUAUUUUUUGAAGAGGAACCAGAAAUCUUUCUAUUUAAGUGUAAUUUCCUCAUUUGUCAAUGUCAGCAACUAAUUCAAGUUCAUCCUUAAAAUACAAUCCACAUCAAACAAAACACUUAAGUGGGCUGCCAGCUUGCAACCUCUGCCAUACCAUGAUAAAUAUAGUAAUAGAAGAGUGUCCUAGGCACCAGGUAGCAAAAGGAGCGAGUGACUCCAAUCCAUGUUAUAUGAGGAAUGGUUUGUUGGAGUGGAUGUUGUUAUCAGUCUGAAGAGACAUGGCUGCUAAUUUCAACUAUGUAAAAGACUCACGUAGAAGACAAGAGUUGACCUGUGUCCUUUAUGCCCUGAAAAGGUAAAACAGUGUCAUCAGGAAGAGUAUUUCAUCUCAAAAUAGGAAAGAACUCUGUAAUGACUAUAGAUGCCUAAAUAUGUAAUGUGCUGCCUUGGAUGGGAGCAAGUUGACAGGGCAAUUGUAGAGGAGUAUCUGGAGAAAUAAGCGGGUUCCUCAUCAAAGGGUCAGUUCCAACUCUUGAUGCCCUACAGUUCUGAAUUGGGGAGGAACCAGUGGACUUGAGAAAUGAUGAGCAGAGGAUUUCAAGAAGGGCAAGCAGAAAAUUUAUGAAAUGGGAGGUGCUAGAGGGCCUUAAAGGACUCAUAAUUGGCUUGGGUAGACAGUGACUAGACAACCAGGAAGAUAAUUGAGAGACUGUAGGACAGAACUGGCAUAUGGAAAAGGGGGAACUCAAACAUCUCCUCAUUUCUUCCUUGGUCCCUAAAGAGACAUAUGAGCGGCUUGAGGCUGAUAAAAAGAAGCAGGUUCAUAAGAAGCGCAAGUGCCCUGGGCCCACAAUCACCUACCAUUCGGUGACGGUGCCGCUUGUUGGGGAGCCAGGCCCUAAAGAAGAGAAUGUCGAUGUAGAAGGACUUGAUUCGGCUCCCAUGGUUUCUGAAUUGACUCCCCGUGCUGGGACUGGACCUGUCAUCCCUCCUGCUUGCUGCUCACGUACCUUCAUCACUUUUAGUGAUGAUGCGACAUUUGAGGAAUGGUUUCCCCAAGGGCGGCCCCCAAAGAUCCCUGUUCGGGAGGUCUGCCCAGUGACCCAUCGCCCUGCCCUAUACCGGGACCCCGUCACAGACAUACCUUAUGCCACUGCUCGAGCCUUCAAGAUCAUCCGUGAGGCCUACAAGAAGUACAUCACUGCCCAUGGACUGCCGCCCACGGCCUCAGCCCUGGGCCCUGGUCCACCACCACCUGAGCCCCUCCCUGGUUCUGGGCCCCGAGCUUUGCGCCAGAAAAUUGUCAUCAAAUGAAGAGAUGUGUAGUCCUUAGAAACCUCCUUUUUAGCCUGACUUGGGACUCUUAAUGUUUCCCCUCUUUUCCCUGCUUCUCCCCUUUAUAAUCUCUGAUCUUUGCCCAGCCCUGUUCUAUUUUUCUUUCUCCUAUUCCUAUUGGUUUUGUAUGUGUUUUUUAAUCUAAUAAAAUAGAAAGAUCCCUUUUGUCUGGUGUCUAA